AUGGCCAUGGUAAUAAAUGAUUUUUUGAGGCGUUGUUUUCAAUUCUGCGCCACCCAAAAAUCGAUCACCAUCGUUUUGGGAAACGAAGGGGGUGACAUGGAUAGUAUUGUUGGCUCUAUCUAUCUGGCUUUUUUUCUGGAGAAACGUGAUCUUUUGGGAGGAAAGUAUUACAUACCUCUAUUGAAUUUUGAAAAAGAAGAUCUUCCUUUACGUAAUGAUGUUGUAAAACUAUUUUCAAAAUAUGGUGUGGAAACAAAUCUUCUUCUUUCAAGCAGAGGGAACUCAAAUAUGGAAGAUUAUGUAGAUCUUAAAAAAAUGAUGCCUGAUGUGGUUUUAUAUGAUCAUAACAAGCUUAUUGCUGCUCAAACUUUUUUAUCUGAAAAAGUUAUUGGUAUUGUGGAUCACCAUUUUGAUGAGCAGUUGUACAUAGAACAAACCAAGAGACUUCGGUUGUUAGAAACAACAGGAUCUGCAUGUACUCUUGUUGCCGAGUUAUUCCGAGAUGCAGGAUUAAAGGUGCCUUGUGCCGAACUACUUCUUGCACCCAUUAUCCUGGACACUGUGAACUUUAAUCCUUCUCAAAAAAAAGUGACCGAAAGAGAUAUACAAGUAACUCAAUGGCUUGUGGGACAACUUCCUGAAAAAAUUGAUUUGGAAGAAAUGUUUGUUGAUUUAUCAAAAUGGAAAAAAGACAUAAUGGGUCUGAGUUUUGCUCAACAUCUUCGUCGAGAUUAUAAACAUUUUGAGUUUCCUUUUCAUGGAGGAGGCGCAAAAUGUUUACAAAUUGGAAUUAGCAGUAUUUCAUGUCGUUUAGAUGAAAUGGUUGCUUCCCGUUCUAUGACUGAACUUGCUUCAGGUUGUUUGGAGUUUGUAAAUUCAAGGCAUUUGGAUGCUCUUAUUCUAGCCCUCGCUGGUGAAAGAGGAAGUGGAAAUUAUUGUCGUCAAUUGGCAUUUAUUGCCAAAGGUGAUGUUCUUGAUGUUUUAGAGUCAUACGCAAAGAGUUCACCUGACAUGAUCUGUUUCACUCCUCUAAGUACGGUUCAAGAUGGUGAAUGGAGCAUGAUUUCUUAUGAAUUGAGUGACCCUUCAGUUUCACGUAAGAAGCUCGCCCCUUCUCUGGCUAAGUACAUCGCUGCUUGGCCAAAACUAUAA